AUGGUUGAUCUAUGCAACAUUUGCCCGUUAACUUUCCAUGACACUCAAGAUCUCUCUGUUCACAUAAAAGGAGCUCAUUCAGAUGAUGUUCUUGGGGAAUAUUUGAAAUUAGUGAUUGCUCAACAACAGACUCCAUCCCUUGUUCCCCGACCGCCACCAAAUCCAAUACAUCGACUUGGACGACGAGGUCAUCCAUGCUGGAAAUUCUUUCACAGAAUCGAUCGCUUCGAUGCGGUUUGUCUUCUGUGUUCGAUUCGCGUUCGAUCGGCUUGUUCGACGAAUCUCUCGCGGCAUUUAACCCGCCAUCACCCGAUCGAGGCACAACACGUUCGAGAAGCUCAAUUCGCGAGAAGAAAUCACUCUUUCAAUCCCUUACCAACUGAUGGAUUUGAUCAAAGCCUAAUCAAUUUUGUUCAACAAGAUCUGCGUGAAGAGCUGAAGGAAUGCUCUUCAAAAAGCUGUAAUUCUUUGAUGCGAAGGAGACGAGCCUCAGAAACCGUAUGCUUUCCAAGAGAGAAAAGGGAGAAAGAAAGGAAAAGAGCGCGAUCGGCCCCUCCCCUCUCUGUUCUCCAAUCCUUUACAUGGAUCUCCUCAAUCUCAUCCACUCGUCCAUUUCUCUUGCAAAGGAGAGAAGAAGAAGAAAUGGACGGUGAUUCCACAAUCACCACCACAUCCGCCGCCCGACCCGUCGCAUUGAGGCCAUUGGUGCCCACUCUACCACUAUCUUCCCCGUCCACUUGGUGCUCGACUUUACCGGCUUCUGUCUCGGCUGCUUAUCAAGAAUUGAGGCCGGCCACCCACUCAUAUGAUCUUUUUGUCGAUCACUUGCAGCAACACAAAUAUGAGACACAAUUGCCGAAGUAUGAUUAUUCACUGGCUGCUUAUGAUGGAGUGUCCAAGGUUUUCGGCGACGAUUCGGUGAUACUGAAAACGGAUGAUGUGAAAGCUUUUGACCCUCAUCCACACAUUCACUCUGUUGUCGUCACACCGAUGGCCGCUAUUGCUGAGUUUGCCCAUCCAUCCCUAUGUGCCACCUCGUUCCCAUCAAAUCUCUCAACCGCUUCCUCUUCCGACGCUUCCUCAGCUCAAUCACAACUCGUUCAACAACUCGAACAACAUCAGCUACACGGACAAUUGAGUCUCAACGGUGACUUGACAAGAGAGCAACUCAUCACAAAUACCCAACAACAAUUGCAACACACUCUCGCUCAACAGCAACACCAUCAGAUACAAUUGCAAGCACCAUCAGUUAUUGAGACGAGGAAAAGCGCAGAAGUUAAUGGAAAGGGUGACGGAGCAACCCCAGCUAAACGAGGAAGACCGACCGAGAAUCCCUGUUGGAACUAUUUCAUUCGUUUAGACGAUCAAAAUGUUCGAUGUCGAAUUUGUAGCAAGGUGGUGAAAUCGGCUUGCGCCACAAACAUGACGAAACACUUGGAGCGGCAUCAUCAAAACGAUUAUCAACACCUCAUCGUGCAAAUCAAACAGUACAGACAGCAAAAAGUCCCGCAAUCGGUUCUCCCGUUGACUUCAACACAUCAAGGAUGCAUUUUACCGACUCCCGGGCAUUUCGUAAAGUCUGAAUCUCCGUACGUUCACGAUAUUUAUUCUCAACAAUUCGAUUGUCACGAAUCUCUUUUGAGAAAUUAUGUCAUGGACACUUCCGGGCAUCAGGUUGUUUGGCCAAGAAGCUCAUCAGCCGGCUCGCGCACAUGGAGUUCUUUUGACACAUGGAAUUCCCAUGACGCCACCACAUCAGCGAUGGGGGACGAUUUAGCGUGGAGUCAAUCACUCGUCCCAAAUGAUCCCACACAACCGCUUUCCGGUGAUAAACCCUAUCUAAAAAGGAAUCGAAAGACCGAGCACCCUGUUUGGGAGUUCUUCAAGCGAACUGUCGACGGGAAUGCUCAAUGUGCAAUUUGUGGUGGAGUUGUCAAAUCGCCGUGUUCCUCGAAUUUCAUGCGACAUUUGAUGCGGCAUCACUCUGCUGAAUAUAACGCUGUUUAUGUGAAAUGGAUUGCCAUUUCUCUCAAUUUUCGUUCUAUUGGCCGCACCGAUUCGUCAACAACUGCCUGUGUUCCCACCGAUUUCUACUAUUCGGCAAUCUCAUUUUAUUGUACAAUUUGCUUCAAGAUGACGACAAUGGUGCUCAAUAAUUAUUCUAUUACGGAUGCUUCCACGUAUUUUAAAACGGUUUAUUGCCCCAAAGUGGGACUUUUCAAGAAAAGAUGCCUUAAAGCAGUUCAAAGUUUACUCGAUCCAUUGAGGACACAACUUGCGCCUGAAUGUGAAGGAGAAUCCGUAGAAACGACGGUCUCAUUUUUUUGCCAAAAUGUUGUUGGAAUGUGCUAUUUGCAAGAUAAUUCUUAUGAUUGUCCCUCAUAUGUGCUGGGGAUUCCAAAUCUGAAAGAUCAGAUAGUGCAGCGACAACACGAUGAACUG